AUGGAGCCGGUGUCGCUGCAGGACUUCGUGUGCGCCCUGGACCCCGCCUCCCUCCCGCGCGUGCUGCGGGUCUGCUCGGGGGUCUACUUCCAGGGCUCCAUCUACGAGAUCUCUGGGAACGAGUGCUGCCUCUCCACAGGAGACUUGAUCAAGGUCACCCAUAUUCGCCUCCAAAAGGUGGUCUGUGAGAACCCGGGGACAGGCCAGACCACCGAGCUCGCUCCCAAUUUCCAGGGCCACUUCAGCCCCCUCACCGGCCGCCAGAGCUAUGGAACCCUGGAGGAGCUGGUCUAUGCUGCAACCCAGAGCUCCAAGUCACUGCCCAUUCACUUCAUGUCGACCCACAGAAUCACCACCAAGGCCAGGGUGGUGCCUCAAAAGCAGCCCCUCAAGCUGGAGGCCGUGGAGAUGCACCAGGGGGCCUGCUGUGCCCGCUGCGUGCUGGACUCUGGGGCCCAGCAGGUCUUUCUGCACCUGCCCUUGUCCCAGCAGGGGCCCUUCUGGAAACUGGAGCCCGGGCCCCCUCGGACCCUGCUCCAGGUGCUGCAGGACCCCACCAUGAGGGACACCCUCCUCACCUGCUCCGCCUUCCCCUGGCGCUCCCUGAUCUUGAAGCCCCAGUAUGAGGUCGAAGCCGUCAUGCACUUGCGCAGGACCGUCGUCAAGAUCCCCUCCACCCUGGAGGUCGACGUGGAGGACGUCACCGUCUCCUCGCAGCACAUUCACUUCAUACAACCGCUGCUGCUGAGCGAGGCCCUGGCCCGGGGAGGCCCCUUCCCCCUGGCCACAGAGAUCCUGGAAGUUCCGCAGGGGUCCCCCAACUUCCUCAGCCCGUGGCUGUGCUCCUUACAUAAGGGCCAGAGGCUCUGCCUCCAUGGCGUGGCUUCGCCGUCCUGGCGGUUCCUGGCCUCGACCAGGGGCCGGAAGGUGCCCAGACACUUCAUGAUCUCCGGGGCCUACCGGGGCAAGCUGCGGCGGCGGCCGAGAGAGUUCCCCACGGCCUACGACCUCCUGGGUGCUCUCCAGCCGGGCCAGCCACUCCGGGUCGUGACCACAAAGGACUGUGAGGGAGAUGAGCUGGAGAACCUGGGGUUUGCGUCCCUGGCUGUGGGUGACAGGCUGGAGGUGCUGGGGUCUGGCCAGGCCCUUGGGCAACAUGAGAGGGACCUAGAUGUCUUGGUGUGUCAGCGGCUAGGUGAGCAGACUGGGGGGGAAGAGGCUUGGGAGGAUGAAGAGGUGGAGGACCAAGAACAGAUUCUGCUGCCCCUCUACUUCUCUGGCGGCUUUGUGGAGGAGCUGAGCGAUGCCCGGCGCUACAGCCUGCAGGACCUGACUGCCCAGUUCUCACUGCCCUGUGAGGUCAAGGUGGUGGCCAAGGACCCCAGGCACCCCGCCGACCCUCUGCCCUCCUUCCCGGGCCUGCACCUGGAAGAGAAGAUCCUGGAACCCUUCUUGGUGGUCAGCCUGGACUCCAACCCCGAGAUGUGCUUCGAGAUCCCUCCCCGGUGGCUGGACCUGACUGUCGUGGAGGUCGAGGAGCUGCCGGGCCAGCCAUCUGGGGCCCUCCCCACGGCCACAGUGGAGGAGCUGACGGAGGCCUUCUACUAUAGCCUGCGGAAGCUACCAGCCUUCGAGAGUCAAGCUCCCCCGCCCAGGCCUCCAAAGAGUAAGGGCCUCAGUGAGCAGAAGAAGCAGAUGCACAAGGAGAAAGGCUUCAAGUCCUCUCAAGUCUCAGAAUUGCAGGAACCACCUCUGCUGCCUAAACUCAGGACGAAGUCCUUGCCGAAGGUCACCCAGGACAGCUCUGAUUUAUACAGUGAGGUUCCUGGCCGCAAGAAGGGCCGCAGGACCGCUAUGCCCAUCACUGAAGAUUCAGAUGAUGAACACGAUUACGAAGAAAUACUUGAGCAGUUUUCGAAAACCCUCUAGGCGCUGGAGGAAGCUUACGUCCUAACU